CAGCGCUGUGAAUGCGACAGUUCCAGGCCUCGUCGCUCUGAAUCGCCCAUCAUGCCCCCUUUCAAAGAUGAGCACAUCUUGAUCCUUGCGCCAGGCUCGCAGGUCACCCUGGCGCAACUCGGUCUCCCCGAGUCUUUCACUCCUGCUCGUUUUCGCUUUCCCACGCGAAUGUUUCCUGCUGAGAAGAAGGGCGAAUUUGAACCUUACAAGAUCCGCGAGCGCCGACAGGAAGUUCCAGUCAGCAAUGGCACCGAGGCGCCCAAAGAAGACGUGGAGAUGAAAGAUGCCGAUUCCGCAACCCAGCAAGAAACUGUGAAGACUGAAACGACGGCUAAGCAGCCUGAAGCCUCUGCGAAUACCGAACAGAAAAAUGAGAACUCACAACCCGUUGACGGCGAGCCGACCGAUUCCGCUGCGGUCAAGCCUUCGACCAUCGAAGUUUACUAUGAAGAGGAUGUGACAUCGGAUGAAGGGGCGAUAUACCCCGUACAGAACGGUCGCAUUGUUGACUGGCCAUGCUUCUUCGCCCUCCUGACUCAUGUUCACAAUACCCUCAGUCCUCCUUUCCACACCCCGAUCAUGCUCAUCGCUGAGCCAGUCUGGUCCGCGCGGGACCGCGAGACAAUCACUCAGUUCGUGUUUGAGAAGUUCAAGACGCCCGCUUUCUGUAUGAUGGACUCUGCGCUUGCCGUCUGCUACGGUUAUGGUACAUCAACUGCCACAGUGGUCGAUGUCGGAAAGGAUAAGGUCGACGUCACCGCUGUCACGGAUUUUGCUGUUAGCGAGCAUGGUCGGGGCCUUGCGUUGGAAGGCUGCGGUGGAGAUUAUAUGACAGACCGUCUGGUUGAGCUAUUAGGCUCCAAGGGCUUCUCCAGGGAGAUGUGCGAGCAGCUGAAACGAAGCAACAUCACAGAGCUUCUGCCUCCUGGUACGCCACUACCCGGGGCCGCUGCAACUUCACGACAGGGCGUCAAUCCAGCCGCGACGGCAUCUACCGGCGCACAGAACGGCAGCACAAAUGAUACGGUUCCUCGUGGGCCGGGGGAGGGCACACAGACGGACGCCGGAGGCAAUGGUGAAGAGGAGGACGAAGGCGUUUUGGACGUCGCGGCUAUCGUGAGCGGCAACACCAGUGAAUUUCUUGCCAACCGGGAGAAGGAAAAAGCGGAGAAGGCUUCGACUAAGAAGGGAAGCACGGAUCAGAACGCGAAGCCCGUCCGCCUUCCGAACUCGAAGAAAGAGAAAGCCACGUUCCAGUUCGAAGAAUAUGUGCGAAUAGAAGCUGAAAAGGAGGCGUCCAAUGGCCCCGGUCGGUACAUCCGCCAAACGCGGGAGAUUGAGGUCGGUGUCGAGCGGUUCCUGGCGGCAACGCCCAAGCAGAACUCCGGCGAGCGUCUCACCAGCGGCCUCCUAGAAGACAUCGCAACCCAAAUCCACCAUACGAUUCUUGCCGUGCCAGAUGCGACUAAGCGGAGUGAACUCUGGGAUUCGUUGAUCGUUGUCGGCAAUGGCAGCAAGAUCAAGGGAUUCACGGCAUCUCUACUCGGCGCCAUUACUCAAAAAUACAUCCUCUCCCCAUCUGCUACCAUGUUCACCUCCGAAAUCCCUUCUAAUUUCUCCACCCCUCUUCCCACGGGUGGAACCAACACUCCCGCCCCCUCCGGGCAGCCUGGGCCGAUGAACCACCCUGCAGGUCAUGGUGUCAAUCCUCUCCUCGUUGCUGCCACACACUCCAACAACCCUGCCUCUUCCAGCAUGCCCCCGGGCACCCCGUUGAUGGAUCCCGCAUCAAUCUCGCAUCACCAUCGGUCCACGGGCCACUCCCAAACUCCCACCUCCGUCAAGACAUUACGGCCUCCGGAGUACUUCUCCGAGUGGAAGGAGCAGGCCAACACUAACGCACCUGGAGCGGCUGGCCCUGGCGGUCCUGGCAUGGCCAGCGGUGGCCAUGGCAUGGAGGAAGCGGUCUUCCUGGGGGCUCAGGUCGCAUCCAAGGUCGUUUUCGUCCUCGAUCAGGGCCUCAGCAAGGGCUUCAUGACCCGGGUGGAAUAUAACGAGAACGGCCCUUCGGCGAUCCAUGACUACGUUAUGUGAAGUGGCCUUCAUGAAUCGUUUGUUUUAUGUUUAUUUGUCACGGGACGGGAGAGCGCACUUGUUUCUAACAGACUUAUGGAUAUGGCAUUCUAUUUCUUACGCAUCUGAAAUCCGCCGAUAAUCUCUGUGCCAUUCAGGGUUGAUUGUACUCUAUAUUCGCAGCUGGCGUCUUUUAGUAGAGCCAAAAAAACAUCUAUAU